AAUUUCUUCUCUUACUGUCUCUGUUUCCCAUACCUAUUCCAUGGCAUUCGUUGCUCUGUUCUUAUCGGCCACAAAGCUCGCCGGAAUCCUAGUCACAGUCAGUGUAGCCGCAAAUGUCUUCUCCUAUUCAAGGUACCGGAGAAAGUAUCUUCGGCCGUUACAAUCACCCAUUGACGAAUCCUCCGAUACGCUUGCAGACUUCAACGUUGAUCCCAGCAAUGAGGAGGACAAUGAGUUUUUCUUUGGACUGGCAACCGCACCAGCUCAUGUUGAAGACAGGCUCGAUGAUGCUUGGCUUCAGUUUGCAGAGGAGCAACCGUGUGACAAUUUGGAGGGGAUGCAGAACCCACAACUUGCAGAUGCAUUAACAGCUUCCUCCACUGGUGACGGCAGCUCUCAGCCAGCUCCGUCAUCUUUAAAAGAGCCUGAAAAGGCAAAAAGGAAGAAGAAACCUCUUAAAAUAUCCAUGGAAGCCAUGAUUAGAGGUUUUCAGAAGUAUUCAGAUGAGGAGGAAGAACCUGCACCAAGUGCUGAAUGCCACCAUAAUAUAGCUGCAUGGCACAAUGUUCCUCACCCGGAAGAUAGACUCAAAUUUUGGUCUGAACCUGAUAUUGAAUUGAAUCUUGCUAAAGAUACUGGCAUCCGUGUUUUCCGAAUGGGAAUAGAUUGGACCAGGAUUAUGCCUGAGGAGCCAGUAAAAGAACUGAAAGAAACAGUUAAUUUUACAGCACUAGAGCGAUAUAGAUGGAUCAUACAACGGGUUCGUUCCCAUGGAAUGAAAGUAAUGGUGACUUUGUUCCAUCACUCUCUUCCACCAUGGGCUGGAGAAUAUGGAGGGUGGAAGAUGGAAAAAACAGUCAAAUAUUUCAUGGAUUUUACGAGGCUUGUCGUUGAAACUGUAUCGGAUUUAGUGGACUACUGGGUAACAUUUAAUGAGCCUCAUAUAUUUUGCAUAUUAACUUAUUGUGCUGGGGCUUGGCCUGGUGGUAAGCCUGAUAUGCUAGAGGCUGCAACUUCUGCUCUACCAACUGGUGUUUUUAAACAAGCCAUGCACUGGAUGACGAUUGCACAUAGGGAGGCCUAUGACUUUAUCCACGGACAAAGCCACUCUCCGUCAAAAGCAAUUGUUGGGGUAGCACAUCAUGCUUCAUUUAUGCGGCCAUAUGGUCUCUUUGAUGUUGCUGCUGUUUCGUUGGCGAGUUCCUUGACCCUUUUCCCAUACAUCGAUAGCAUCUGUGACAAGAUGGAUUUCAUAGGGAUGAACUACUACGGACAGGAAGUGCUGUCUGGAGCUGGAAUAAAACUUGUAGAGAAUGAUGAGUACAGUGAAUCUGGUCGUGCGGUCUAUCCUGAAGGCUUAUUUUGCAUGUUGCUUCAGUUCCAUGAAAGAUAUAAACACCUAAAAGUUCCCUUCAUCAUUACUGAAAAUGGUGUUUCUGAUGAGACAGACUUGAUCCGACAGCCAUAUAUAUUAGAGCAUUUGCUUGCUGUGUAUGCGGCCAUGAUCAUGGGUGUUCCUGUGCUUGGUUACCUGUUCUGGACUAUAUCAGAUAACUGGGAGUGGGCUGAUGGAUAUGGUCCCAAGUUUGGACUUGUCGCAGUUGAUCGUGCCAAUGGGCUUGCACGUGUUCCACGCCCUUCAUACUAUUUGUUUUCCAAGGUGGUAACCACAGGUAAAAUAACAAGGCAAGAUAGGGCACAUGCAUGGAGUGAACUUCAAAGUGCUGCUAAAGACAAGAAGACACGACCAUUUUACCGAGCAGUUAACAAACAAGGGCUAAUGUAUGCAGGAGGCCUUGAUAAACCCGAAUUGAGACCAUAUAUCGUAAGGGAUUGGCGAUUUGGACACUAUGAGAUGGAUGGUCUACAGGACCCUUUAAGCCGCUUAUCAAGAUUUGUCUUUCAAGUUUUCUCUCCGAAGAGGAAAAUAAAACCUGAAUUUGAUGAUAUAGAUUUGUUUCUUCAGCCUCUUGAAUUACAGCCCUGAAUGCUAAUUCCCAGCAGUGAAAUCUACUACUCAUUCUAGGAAAUCAAAGCUGGAGAGAAGCUGGAUGAACUUGUAUCAAAUCUUGGGAUUGGUUAUUGUCUUCAGCUGCUUUUCUCUUCAAGCUUUCAGCAAGGUGCCUGAAACAUAGAAAUUAUUAAUCAAGUAUUGCAUGUAUCGGAAUAUUUUUCAUGUAUUG